GGACGACAAUCAUUGGCCGAGCCAUAUCGUUCACGUGAAAGCUGCCUGUGGUAGAAAGCCGGUUGUGGGACGCAAGCCGUUUUUUUGUAUCAAAGGUGAUGGCUUGCGGGAGGGUGUCAGGGGAAUCGUCUGCGUUGGUCCCGUGGCGAGCAGAAAAACGACUGUCUUUACCGAGGAUAUAACGUAGAAGAAUAUUUCCCCAGGCCCUUCCCCGGGACUAAACACGGAAAUCAGACAAUGUAACUUCUCAUUGUAAUGCACGACGAGGUUGCACACGCCAGAUUGUCCCAAUGAAUUGCACCAGUGUGUUUGGUUAUUUUCCUCAUAAGUCGACCAUGCCAGUUGACCUGGCCAUGCCUUUGUACUUAACCAGUGAGGACUUCCUUUAUAAAAGAGGCCCAAAGCUUGCCAAACCCCUGCGACCAUGCAUUCACCCAAGCCCUCCUGUGGAAGUGAAGCAACAAGAGCCUAACAAUCACUCAGGAAGAGAAUGUAAAGUGAAAAAGCAAGUAUCCUUUGCUGAUAACAAGGGAUUUUCCCUCACCAUGGUAAAGAUCUUCUCAGAAUUUGACGACCCGAUUGAUAUCCCUGCCAACAUUCAGGAACUAAUUGAUAAAGUGGUCAAUCUGUCGGUGGAAGAGCAUGAAAACUGGCGUUUGGAAUUUGCUCAACCCUCUGCUGAUUAUUUGGCUUUCAGGCAGAGGCUGGAGACUGAUUAUGUCUGCUUAGAGAACUGUAUGCUAAAAGAUAAAGCUUUGGUGGGUACAGUGAAAGUGAAGAACCUGGCCUUUGAAAAAUCUGUCAAAGUACGGAUCACCUUUGACGCUUGGAAAAGCUUCACUGAUGUAGAAUGUCCAUAUGUUAAGGAUACCUACACUGGUUCUGACAGAGACACAUUUUCCUUUGAGAUAAGCUUACCUGAAAAGAUUCAACAGCCUGACAGAAUUGAGUUUGCCAUCUGUUACGAGUGUAAGGGGAAAAGCUUUUGGGACAGCAACCUUGGCCAAAACUAUAAAAUUGUUCGGUCCAUGCUAAAUAUAUCCUCUGAACAUAAAGCCGGUGAUGACCAGUCUAGUGGGUUUUCUGACCUGGGCAUUCUGUUUGACCAGUAUGGCAGCCCAAGGUGUUCAUAUGGCAUAUUCCCCGAAUGGCCUAGUUAUGCUGGGUAUGAAAAGAUAGGGCCCUAUUAUUAAUUUUGUUUCCUAUAAAAAUGACAUUGUGGAAGUGUUAAAAUGUCAGCUGUUUAUGUUGAACUGUGGGGAAAGCUGCUCCGUAUGUGAUUGAAUGUUCUGUCCAAUGGGACUGUAAUGUUUAUACUGAUGUGACAUCUUGAUAGUUUUCUGGGUUACGGGUCACAUGAUCUGAAAGUGUUCAGGAGGCUACCAUGAGACUGGAACUUGGGAUAAUUUGAAGGAAGACAUAUUGGGAAAACCUGCACCAUUUGUUUAGUGGGAAUUCAUUCUGCUGAAAUGAGGUGUGAUGUGCCUACUGUUUAAAGUUUUGUUUUGUUGGGUGGGGAGAAGUCUGAAUCUGUGUUUAGUGUAAGAUACUGUUUUUGGUGGGCCCCUUUUUGGGUCUACUUUUGUUUCACUUUGAAACAUAACAAGGGAAACACUGAAGAUGGCAGCCACACAUUUGGUAUGGAGAUGCAUGUAUGGAUUUUCUGCAGGUAAAGUGACUUUAUUAUGCAGAGUGUUUAAUUUUUUUAGGUUUCCCCUGUGGGGCUGUUCUAUAUGCAUUUACAAUCCUUGGCAAUAUUAGUAGCUACCUCAGGUAGAGGACUUGCACUUUAGCCUUUUAAAAAGAUCUAGUCUUUGGAUAUUAGACCUUCCUUAUUUUUCUGUGUUUUGGUUUUAGCCUGCAAUACUAGUAUCAGUCACACCAUCUUGCAUUAUAUGAUUAUUUUUCUUAAGGUAGAAAGUAUGCCUACUUUAAUUAUAAGACCCAGAUCUGUGUGGCAUGUGUUUAGCUGCCUUUAAUUUUAGUAUGGCCCCUUUCCCUUCUAUUUCUACUGCUGUCACAAGAAGCGGACAUCCAGUUCUUGAAUUCUUCAGCCAGAGGAAUGUAGUAGAUGCUUUACAGGUUUAUAGUGUUCAUGCCAUUUACAGUAAUAAUCUCUAGUUACAUUUGUUGUGUUCCAUUCACAAUGUUAACAUUCCAGAAUUUACAGUCCAUAAGCUUUUCAUUGCAUCCUUCUAAUACAGGGUGUGCUUUUAGUAGAAUUAUUUUUUUUCCAUUACCUGCAAAAAACGUAUGAUUACUGUUCUGGAAAGUCUGUUCUUAGAGAUGAUUCCUGGAAUGUUCUUAGGUAAGGUCAAGACAUUUAAAGGUCAUCAGCAUUGUGUAGGAGCAUUUGGCAUGUUUUUAAUUUCAUCAACAUCUACAAAUGUGCUGGGGCCAUCCAUUUUUUCACGUGAUAGACAUCUUCUGGCCAGUUGGUGGCUGGCAAAUUCUUUGAAAGAAUUUUGUACUUGAAACGAGGCUCCUGUUAUUAGCAAUUUUGUUGCUAAAGCAUGGAUAGUCUCCAAUUAGUCACCUUAAAAAAUAUUGGCACGCUGAAUCUUUUUAUGAAAGUGCUGCUGGUAAUGGAGGAGUGCAUAGUUUACAUGAACUGAGGUUCGGUAUGAGGAAAGCUGUUGUGUGCUGCAAAUUGAACAUGGGAUGGGGUGGUGGGGAAUGCUCUUGUAAUGAGGAUGCACCUGAAUGUCUCAUUAUCUGGAGAACAAAUUUUAAAAAUGGUUAAGUUAAAUGUGCAGAGAAGAGUGAUCAGGUUUUUAAAAUAAGUGAAAAGGGAUUUGUACCUUCUUACGCAUUGUUUAAUUUUAAUAUCUCUGCUUGCUGCAGUAUUUAUCCCCCCCAACUAUUUGCCUUCUGUGUCUCAUCAGUGAUUUUUCAAUGUAUUAUACUCCCUGCACUUUAAAGUUACACUGAAUGUUUUACACGGUUGGAGUUUGUGUGCAAGUUUUUUUUUUGUCUGAUAUUAACUGAUGAUCUUUAUCUCUGUUGUAUAUUUCAUUUCUGCUAUACUAUUGAGCCUUAAGUCUGUGAUGUGAAUAGUCAGUGGAGUGCCUUGUGACACUAAGUUUGGAUCUAGUUAAUAUGUUAGACAUGUAAAUGUGUUUUUAAAUAUGUCUAAACACUGAUUUAUUUUGUAAUAUACUGGGUAGCAAGACAAUUUCACCAAAGGUACUCUUGAAAAUGGGGGAAUAAGCACACAUUUCAGUAGACGCUACUACCAAAUUUAGGUUGAGUUGCAUGCUCAGUUUUUCAAAGAGAUCAUUUUUAGAUUUUUGGAACAAAAAUAUUUUUGCUAAAAUGCAUAAAGUUAAAAGAAUUGUAAAGAAAAGGGAAAGAAUUACCUUGAAAAAGUGCCUUGUACCAUAAGCUGUUAAGCAUGCUGUGCUGGGAGUUUUUGUGAGCAAUGACUGUUUGGGGUUAGGGAAUGCACUUUAAUUUGUAAAGGGUAUGAAUUUUUUUUUUGUGCCUUUUAGAUGGGGUUGGGGGAGGGAGGAUAAAGUAAAUGAGUGUUAUUUUAUCUUGUUAAAAAAGAAAUAAAGAAUUUUGUUACUAUGUGUCA